AUGGCAGCCGUACAAAAGCUCAACGUCCAGACUUUCCCCCGUCCGCCAGCGCUGCAAAAGAUCUCUCGCCACGUCCAGAUCAAAUGGGACGGAGACCUCAUCGCUGAUACCAAGGACGCCUACUGGGUUUUAGAAACGCAUCAUCCACCGACAUACUACCUCCCUCCCUCUUCCGUCCUCGCCCCUUUGGCCAAGACCACCCGCCGCACCUAUUGCGAGUGGAAAGGUCACGCCACGUACCAUGUCAUCACGCACCCGACGACGGGCAAGACCGUUGAGAACAAGGUCUGGUCGUACGAGCAGCCGACCGAGGGUUUCGUCGCCAUCAAGGACUACUUGUCGUUCUACGCCAAUGCUCCCUGGGAGUGCUACGUCGACGGCGAAAAGGUCAAGCCGCAGCCGGGCGACUUUUACGGCGGCUGGGUGACGAGCGACAUUGGUGGCAUCGUCAAGGGCCAGAACGGAAAUGCGGAUCCCCCGGUGGUCGCUCAUGAAGAGGUUGUCGACAAAGUUGGCGCGGACCUCGUACUUCUGCACCGUGUAAGGCGAGUCGGAGUUGGGACCGAUCCACACAAAGUCGAUCCUGCCGCGGCCCUUGCCCUGCUCGAACGCGGUGUAGGUGAGUUCCUCUCCGCUGCGCUGCGCCGCCGUCGCGACGUCGUGCACGUCCUUGAGGUAGUUCAUGUCGGCCAGGGCCUUGGGGGCGUCGCCGCCGGCCACGGCGUUGAAGUCUCCGGUCAGCGACACGGGCAGCUUUCCGCCCUGGGCCUUGGACAUUUCCUGCAUCUGUGCGACGGCGACCUUGAUGCCGGCGAUGCGGGCCUCGGGCGACACGUUGUCGAGGUGCGUGUUGGCGUGCAGGAAGCGAGUCUUGGUCGCGAUGUGCUCGAACACGGCCAGCGUCACGAUGCGGCUGCUGCCGGCGCCCGACGCCUUGCUGGGCUUGUCGGGCGUCUCGGUGAGCCACUUGGUCGCGCUCGUCACCACCUUGAGGUCCUUUGUGUUGUAGAUGAUGGGACUGAACUCGCCCUUGGACUUGCCGUCCUCGCGCGCCACGCCAAUGUGGUCCCAUCCCGAGCCCAGGCCCUUCUUGAUGUCGUUCAGCUGGUUGCUGAGCACCUCCUGCAGCCCAAACACGGAGGCCGAGCCGGCGGUGGCCGGCUUGGCCGCGAUGUCGGUCAUGGUCUUGAUCAACACGGGGCCGCGCUCACUCCAGGCCUUCUCCUGCUUCUCACGCUUGCUGGCGUCGGCGUCGAACCGAAUGUUGAAGGACGUGAUGCGCAGGGUAAGGUUCUUGGCCUGACGGGGGAUCAGCGCCCCGGCAUCGACGACCGAGCCGGCGGCCACAAGCAGAGCGAUGAGCUCCUCAUCGACAAGCUGCUCAGCCGCACGCCUGGGCAGAGAGCGGCGGCGGCGGCCGUUGCACUCGGCAGAAUCCUCCUGCGCAUUGGACUUGACUUGCUUGAUGCUCUUGGUGCCGCUAGUGUUCUUGUUGUUGUUGUUGUUGUUGUUGUUGCCGUUGGAGGCAGCGGCAGAGGCGCCACCGCCAGAGACAGUGGUGGUCUUGUCGCCACCGGCACCGUUGGCCGAGCCACGAAUGGUACCGCCGGGGAUGACGUCAGGGCCAGGGGAGACGUCGUAGCUGGUCGAGCUGCCCCAGACGCUGAAGUUGACGGCCUUGUCAGUGGACUUGUAGAUGCCGGGGAUCUUGGCGCUGGUGCCGGGCAUGCUGGUGGCCGAGUUGCCAGUCACCUCGAUCUGCAUGCAGGCGACGUAGAACUCGGCCUGACCGUCGUGGGCGCCGUGCAGACCAAUGUGCUCGCCGCGGAGGAGGUACUGGCCGUCGGGGAUGGUGGCGGGGAUGAUGGCGUUGACGUUGUUCUCGCCCCAGCUGCACCAGGCGUCGGUGCGGAGGCUCUCGGCGCUUCCCUGCUUGCAGAUCAGGCUCUGGUGGAUCUUGUACCAGUCCUCUCCGUUGUCCGUCUUGGCGUUGGCGACCGGCGACACGUAAACCUGGGCCGGGCCGGGGUGCAGCAUGCCGUUGGCCCCGAAGCCCUGCCUCAUGGCAACCUUGUCGCCGGCCUUGACCUUGAGGACGUCCUUGGCACCAACGGCGCCCUUGUUGCAGGCAAAGUCGGCGACUGUCGGGGUGAUGGAUCCCUCGGGCGUCUUGUUGAACUUGAUGGGCAUGAAGCCGUUCUGGUGCUUGCGGAUAGAAGCAUUGUCUCCGCCGACCUGCUUGCCGUUAAGCUCGGUCUUGUCGAAGGCGUAAUGGGCGCUGGUAAGCGAGGCCAUGCCGAGCAGGACGGUGGUGAUGGUUCCGGUGGUCUUCAUCUUGGCGGUAGGUGGGAGAAGAAGUAA